AUGGCGCUCCCGGUAAAAUUCGGUGGAGGCGGGUCGUUCUCGUCCUAUAUGGAAAGGCGACGACGCGGUGUAGCAGCUCACUACCAGCGCAAGUAUGCAGGCGAAGUCAACGCCGAUGAACAGAUAUUGCCUGCAAUCGACGCUGUGCCGUGUCAACAUGUGGGCGAGGAGUGUCAAUGUUAUUCGGCUGGGCACGAAGGACGCCAACUGUCGGAAGGGCAAGUUGACUGUAGUGUCGUGAACAACGAUGAGGUUAUCGGUUGUGAUAGUCGGGAUCCCGGGCAUUCUCCCGCUGGUAACAACACAAGAGAAGGCGUAUCUAGAAACACCGGUGCAUACACUAGGCAAAUAAACGAUUCCCCAGAUUGUGCCUUAUCACCCCUGUUCAAGGGCUGUCAUUUUUACAUAGAUGGUGUAGUGCAUCCCUACAUCCGGUUGGGGGAGAACGAAAACGCUGCAACUUCGGCUGUACAUGCCCAUGAGAAAUUGAUUGAACUGAUAGUUCAGCGCGGUGGACAUGUUGAAAUACACCUUUCGGACUACGUAACGCACUACGUAGUGGAGCGCGUGGCUUUAGGGUGCAGCAAGUGGUGGAACAUGAGAGAGCGUGGAGGCGAGUACGGCCACUACGCAAUUGUUACGCCGGCAUAUGUGUUUGAGUGCCACAUUCAGGAUACGAGACUUCCCGAGCGCGAAUUCCUCCCGGCGUCGCUCCGGUCUAAGAGUGACACCAUAACAUUGACGCAAAGAUGGCGGUCAGAAGAGCUAAAGGACACGCCUAAUCAAUGCGCCGAUGGAUUCAACGAUGAUGAACGGCCAAUGCAGGGUGAUGAGUGCGGAGAGCAUCCUGUGGGACAAAAAACAUCCGUUGAAAACACUAAGGCCAAAUGCGAUACCGAUAGUGACACCGAGGUGCCUAGAGACGAGCAACCAAGUAAAUACACUGAUUGGGAUCAAUAUGAUGGGCCUAUACCUGUCGACACUCGGAAUGGCGGAAAUUACGUGAACGCAACGUUGGCGAAUGAGGAGAACGGUGAGAAAAGCAUCAUAAGCGGAGUGGAUCCAAACAAUUCAAUAGAUACGUCUGCAAUAAAACGCCCCGACACGAUGUCUGUAGACGAUAUUUCGCACAGAUCACCUGCUGCAGACAAAGAUGUCGACACGUGCGUUGAUGUCAAACGGCCGGCCAGUGAAACCGUGCCUACAUCGCCCAUUGUUGAAAAGGAUGACGACGCGUUGGGAAAUGAUACUGACUGUUUGAUGAACUCCGACGAAAAGGGGGCAGGAAAUGGCAUUGCCGUAGACGAAUACUACAAAAGGUCACGGUUGCAUUUGUUGGGUACUUGGAAGACAAACGUGGAAAAAGAAUUCGCCUUCGAACCGUUCACUGAGCUGAAGGAAGGAAUGCUGACGAACGGCAGAUAUCUCCAUAUUGAUAUGGAUGCUUUUUUUGUGUCAGUCGCACUCAGAAGCAGGCCUCACCUCAAGAAUUUGCCGCUAGCCAUUAGUCAUGGCACCGGCCGAAACAGCGCUAGCGAAAUAUCAACGUGUAACUACGAGGCAAGGUCUUUUGGUGUGCGCAAAGGGAUGUGGGUCAGAGACGCCAUCAAGCGUUGCCCACUGUUGAAGUUUGUGCCGUACGACUUCGAUGCAAUAACGGACACGGCCUUGAAGAUUCUGAGGAUAGUAGCUGGGUUAACGAAAAGGGUCUACUCCGCCAGCUGCGACGAAUUAUACGUGGAGUGUUUUAUGGGUGAUAGCGCCACUGAUAUCGCAAACUACAUCAAUUUCGCUCACAACAUUGCGCAGAUGAUUGAGAGGGAGACGGGGUGCCCGCUCAGUGUCGGCAUCGGCGCGAACAUGAUGCUUUCGAAACUGGCUUCACAAAGGUGCAAAUCACUUAAACAUGGAGGGAACGAAUCCACGCCUGGAUGCUACAGGCAGGGGAGUGUUUGUGCGGUUGUAGAUGUGGACGCUUUCAUGGAAUCGGUGCCACUGCGUGAGCUCCCGGGUGUGGGCUACCGUGCUAUGGCUUUGUUGCAAUCGUGCGGAUAUGUAUCAUGCAGCGAUGUGCACGACAGAGAGGAACUUAAAGGGCUGCUAGGUGACAAGUUGGGCAACACCGUAUAUCAAUUCUGCCGGGGGCUGGACUACCGCAACAUCAACACCGCAGAAAAACGGUCGCAUAUCGUCAAAAACAAAACCAUAUCGGCUGCAAUCAACUAUGGCGUGCGCGUCACAGAAAUGGAGCAGGUGCACGAGUACAUGCGCCAACUGAUCAGCCAAACCUGGGAACGUGUUGAAAUCGCGUCCGAAAACCUUCGGGGGCAAGAAGCCGACAGCGGUAUAGCGGGUAUAGCUCAGGCGCAAAUUACGCUAAAGCUGCGUGUGAGGAGUCCAGAAGCCAGCGUUGAACCGGCAAAGUACAUGGGUUGUGGAUUGUGUGACGAGUACACUGCAUCCGUGGCUGGUGACCUGUUGUCUCAAAAGAGUGUCCUAGCGAGUCUAAAGGCAUGUUGGAAGAAGAUCACGGCGAAACAAAGUAUUCUACUGGAAGAUUUGAGGGGGAUAGCACUAUCCAUAUGUCGUAUCAAAAGGGGGUCUGCCGUGGAAAAUAAUACCAUUGAUCGAUUCCUGGUGACCGUAACGUCGUCACCUUCGUCCGUUGGCAAUUAUCCAGUUUACCGAGAUACUCCAUCGCGCAUGAACACUCCUCAAAGAAGCAUGUCGGACUUGUGUACAUCUGAUUCGCUGAAUGACAGCAAUAGUGAAUACAAGGAAUCCAUACUGAGAUUCAUGCAAGUGUCGCCACGCCCCAUGCGAACGCCCGUUAAGAGGAAGCGAUCUAGGUGCAGAUAUGUUAGACAACUAACAAUCCAUGACGUCUUAUCCGGGUCCACUCUGUCUGACUCGAAGUGCGAAAGUUGGUCGUGUCACAGUGUGUCCACAGGCCGUGAUUAUACCAUCACAGCGGACGAUAGAACCAAAUUUGUGAAACGGCCGCGUCGUAAUUCAUUCGUCGAAAUGAUACCAAUAAUGCCAAGUCUAUCCAGCGUCUGGGUAUGCGAUGCCAGUAUCAGGAUCAUCGAACAACGGUUGAGAGCCAUAUGGCGUGCGUGGCCCAUUUAUAACGGUGUUGUGAAUUUCUAUCGUGAGAUAUUUGCCAACUAUGCGACAAUUUUGGGCGAAGGCGCCGAUGUGGCCGAAACAUCAAAUGCCGAUACAACCAACACCAGUGAAACGAUCCCUCCCACCACAAACAAUGACGUGGUUUGCAUCAACGAGGGAGAAGGCAUUUCAUUUGAUGGCGCAAACGAGUCCAUCGGUAGGUCAAAAGAGCCCUGCCGUGAAAAAGGUGAGAAUGAGCCACAAGAGAAUGAAUGCGAUCAUACACCGCAUAACAACGCCGAGGCGGAUUCGUGCGAUCUAGCCAAUAGUGGUCACAUAGAUGGGGAGGAACCCGCAUUGGAUGAACGUUCUGAUGACCGGUGCGUUAUCACGCCCUUUCAAUUACGACGUGUAUGCGUAAGAUGUCGUGCCAAGUUUUUCAAAAGCUUCGACAUUGGAAUGCUCUGUGACGUUGAUUGCAACGCAGAUAUCUGUUGUCUUCCGCGACUCAAGUCGCUAAAGCGGUGUAAAUCUGAGGCAGAUUACACGGCUCAGGCGAUCACCAUGGUGAUCUGCACUCUUGUCUACGCUACACUGCUUAGGGCUGUCGUGCAACUGUCUCGUAAGGGACACUUCGACGUCUUGCAGGUGUUCAUACGCAUUUCUUUGCGUGAAGCCGUUAAUGUCACUGCCUCAUUUGUACGUGAGCUUAAUCGCCCCCUCCAGACGCAAUUUUUCGCGGAGGCGCAGUCACACCUGUUGAAAGCACACAAUCUUAGCAUGAACUCAAUAAUCAUGUAA